AUGACGGAGAGCACUACACAGUCAUCCGCCGACGUGGACAAAAAUAUGCGCCUAGCGGUGGAACAAUUCCGCACCAAGAUGGAGGCCUCCUAUCGGCAAUUUCUUCAAGUUGAAUCUAUGAGUUUCUCCACCGAAGAGGAGAAAUUGAAGGAGAUGUGCAUCUGGUUGUCUGAUCUGACAUACAAGUGUACGAAUCCUCAGAAUGCUACCGCUUCACCAGAAAUUAGCUGUCAAUCUUGCGAGGAGGGAAGUGUCAUCUAA